AACAUAUACUGAACCACAAUGGCUGACAAACUGGUUGUCUGUAUGUUUUGGUUGUGUUAUGUUUUUGACUGACAGCUGUGUUGUUGUGUUUGUGUUAUGCUAUGUGUGUGUGUGUUGUGAUGUGUUUGUGUGCCGGGAGUUGAGUUAGUGUUUAACAUACAGUUUCUCUUAAAUUAAUAAAUGUUUUGUUGAAGAAAAUUAGUUUUUAACAAAAAAAAACAAUUAACUAACUAAUCAAUUGGUAAACCAAUGAUUAUGAUCAUCGGUACAACCAUUUUGUUUACGACAAUUACCUGUUAAUACAGUGAUAACUUAGUUUGUUUUUCUUGUAUACAAAUUUAUGAUUGCACUGGUAGUUAGUGGUGGGUUUGUGUACGUUUGUUUGGGUAUCCUCUCUAUAAACGGGUGAUGGCUUUCUACGAUGACAAGAGUUUUAUACUAUCGCAUAUAAGACACUCGUUUAUUACCUGCGAUGACACCGGUAUGUGCGAAAUGGUUAUGCUUAACGAAUCCAUACGCAAUCAAUAUGACGAUAAUGAUGUCGAAGAUAUGGAUCUAUUGAAGACUAUUGAAUUGGAAACCAAAUCGGAACUGUUAGAGGCGGCCCAGUCCUACGAUAUUAUGUCCGAUAUGGAACUGAUUGGUGUCAGGCGCCGAUCAAAUACUGCCCAACGGCUGGAAAAGUUAAAACUUGAAAAGAAAAGCCAGUCUAAAGUCAAAACAAUCCAAUGGAAGACAAGUCCGUAUUCGUUGACAGACUAUGAAAUAAAUGAGUUGUUUCCGAAAAAAGAGCUCAAAGCCGACGAUAAUGAUGUAAAACUGAUUGAACAACAAACGAAAGACACGCCGAAACCAUUGAAGAAAAAAUCGGCACUAAGUUUACAAUUGGAAAACUGUCCGAACAUUCCGAAUAACCCGUUCCUUGAAUACGCCCGUUUCGACGGCCGGGUCAGUGAGGGAACACCAACCAAACGGAUAACAAUCUAUUUGACAAUGUUAGCCGGCGAACAACGUCAACACCCCAUGGAAGUGGUCAUACAGAUCAAUGCCCGAGUCGGCGACCUAAUCGGUCUCAUUUGUUGGCAGUACACCAAUGAGGCCAAAGAGCCCCGACUCAAACCCAAUGUUGCCAACUAUUCCCUGAGGAUUGCCGAAGAGAAUGGUGAAGUUGAUCCCGAUUUUCCUAGUCUUAAUGCUAAAGAAUUUAUGGCCAAAUUCGGUUUCCCGGUGCUGGCACUGGUCGAAAAAGAUGAACACGAAAACAAUAUAUUAGUUACAAUUUAUAUCGAUGAAGUUUUUUCCAAAAUUCAAGUCAAUAGUCUUCAGCUAACACUUCAAGAGCUGUUGGAGUUGACUAUCAAAAAGAGAAGACCAUCUCUAGUGAAAGGUGUUAGCUAUAAGCUGGAGAAGCGUAAUGAGCCCGGCGUUGCCUUAGAUUUGAAGCAAACAUUAAGCGAUUGUAAUACACUUGAGUUUGUAUUGGUACCCGACCAGCCAUUAGUUGAAGUCAAUGAUAGUCGUCCGACAAAUCGUUAUGACUUAGAUAUGACAGCAAUGGAGGCACCACUCUAUAAGUCAUACACUGUAACGGCUAUUAACAAAUACGGCCGAACCGCUGAAGUCGAAUUGGGUAUCAGUGGUGAUAAAAUAGAGGUCACACCGAUGGCCAACAAAGGCUUCUUUCAAUGGCAACCAAAAGCGGUUACCGUUAAUGACGAAGACGUUAUACUUUGCGAAUUGUUGGCACAUAAACUCAAUACGGGAAAGUCGACAUUCAAAGUUGUCUACUGGAAUGGUAUAGACUAUAAGCACUGGACAUUUGAAGCCGAAACUAGUAUAACAAAUGAAAUAUUGAAAAAAUUACAUUUUGUUAUGAAAAUGAAAUCCAGUCAUAUCCGAGACGAGUACUUUGUACUCAAAGAGCAUAAGAAUCUUAAGAAAUAUAAUUUUUAA